UACGUUUGGUGCACGUGCUCCUUCACGAAAGCAGCCCGUUGUCCUGGUCGGAAGUUGCUCACUCGGCGGUGUUGUUCUGCGUUCGGCGGUACACCGGCGUCGUUUCUCACCGUGUUUUUUUAAACACGUUUUUUUUUCGGCCACGUUCGAUUUACAAGGGUAAGCCAUGCCGUCAGUUCCCUCAACCAAAGAGAGCCCUGUCAAAGGCCCCAUGUGCCCUCAUGCUGCCAAGCUGCUCAACCACAGCAAUGGAGACGUCAAAAUCCCGCUGAACGGCGUUGAAAAGUUGCCCGCCAUGGAGGACAAUCAGGAGGGGAAUAGAACCAUUCAGAUAAACACAAAGAACGCUACUGUGGAGAGGAAAUGGAUCCGACCUGACCUCCCCAGCCGCUGCACAUGGAGCCUGGGAGCCUCAAAAGCUGACUCCCCUCAUCCACAAAUCCCAAGAGCCGUCGCCCCAACCAUUCUCCCAAACAUCUUGCACAGGAUUGGGGACACUCCCCUUGUGCGCAUCAACAAGAUCCCCAAAGUUUUUGGACUCAAAUGCGAAAUACUGGCCAAGUGUGAGUAUUUCAAUGCUGGCGGCAGUGUGAAGGACAGAAUCAGCUUGCGGAUGGUGGAGGACGCCGAGAGAGCCGGCAUCCUCAAGCCUGGAGACACCAUCAUAGAGCCCACCUCUGGAAACACUGGUAUUGGUUUAGCUCUGGCUGCAGCUGUGAAAGGCUACCGCUGCAUCAUUGUCAUGCCUGAGAAGAUGAGCAUGGAGAAGGUGGAUGUCUUGAGAGCUCUCGGAGCCGAGAUCGUCCGUACACCCACCAGCGCUCGCUUCGAUUCCCCGGAGUCUCACGUGGGCGUGGCCUGGCGCCUUAAAAACGAGAUCCCCAACUCACACAUCCUGGACCAGUACCGCAACCCAAGCAACCCUCUGGCUCACUACGACACCACGGCUGAGGAGAUCCUAGAACAGUGUGACGGUAAAAUAGACAUGCUGGUGGCAGGAGCAGGCACAGGAGGGACAAUCACUGGAAUCGCCCGCAAACUGAAGGAAAGAUGCCCCAACGUCAAAAUUGUUGGUGUUGACCCAGAAGGCUCCAUCCUGGCUGAGCCUGAGGAUAUUAAUAAGACCGAUAAGACCCAGUACGAGGUGGAGGGUAUCGGGUACGAUUUCAUCCCCACUGUGCUCGACAGAUCAGUCAUCGACACCUGGUACAAGUCAGACGACGAGGAGUCCUUCAACAUGUCUCGCAUGCUGAUCAGAGAGGAAGGCCUGCUCUGCGGAGGCAGCUCUGGAACGGCCAUGGCAGCAGCAGUAAACAUGGCCAAAGAGCUGAAGGAGGGCCAGCGCUGUGUGGUCAUUCUGCCAGACUCCAUUCGCAACUAUAUGUCCAAGUUCUUGAAUGACAAGUGGAUGGUCGAGAAGGGCUUCCUGAGGGAAGAGGACAUCAUGGUGAAGAAACCCUGGUGGUGGAACCUGAGGCUGCAGGGUUUGAACCUGUCUGCCCCGCUUACCGUCCUGCCCACUGUCACCUGUCAGAAGACCAUCAAGAUCCUGAAGGAGAAGGGCUUCGACCAGGCACCCGUAGUGGAUGAGGCUGGGUUAAUCCUGGGCAUGGUGACUUUAGGGAAUGUGUUGGCCUCUAUCCUGGCAGGGAAGAUAAAGCUGUCAGAUCCAGUCAGCAAAGUGCUCUACAAGCAGUUCAAACAGAUCCGUCUGACUGAUAAUUUGGGAAAGUUAUCCCGCAUCCUGGAGACUGACCACUUUGCCCUGGUGGUGCAUGAACAGAUCCAGUACUUGACUGACGGCACUCCGAAUCUGAAGCAGAUGGUGUUCGGGGUGGUGACGGCCGUCGACCUGCUCAACUUCGUCACGGGCCGGGAAAGGAGAGAGCGGUCCAUGUCAGAGUCCACUGAUGAGCUGAACUAAAGCACACAGUACACACUUAUACAUUUCUUUACACUAACAUAACCAACGCAAUAACGAGUUUAGUUGGCGCGUCUUAAAGAUGGUAAAAAAAAGAAAGAAAUCUUGUGAAAUUCUUAAUUUAGGUGAGCUUUUUAUUUUCUUGAUUCAUUUUUUUUAUGUUUGAACUGGAGUCUAAAGGUUUAAUAGCAAAAUAUAUUGUACUACAAUGUAAACUCAUGAGAUGGUUACUUUUUAUUUGAUUAUUAUUAUUAUUAUUAUUAUUAUUAUUAUUAUUAUUAUUAUAUUUGCUUGUAGAGUUAAAGACGAAUCUUUUGUAAGUUUACCAUGUGUAGAAAGCUUUUUGUUUUUUAUUUUGAAUAGAGGCCUCUCUGUUGCUCCUUUUUAUUUGUCUCAAAAGUACAUGAUUAUUUCCUGUUGGCCUUGUGUAUCAAUCAAACAUCAGAAAUUCAUAUAGAGAUUCAUAUUCAUCUCAUUUAUGGAGAAUGGACUAUUAGAGAGUUGCUGUAUAUAAGCCUAUUGUUCUUUUCAGUGCUGCUUACUAUGUACUGCUUUUUCAUUGGUGUACGUGUACACAUCAAAGAAAUACAUGCAGAGCGUAAUCGAAUUACUUGAAAAAAAAUUAUGCGCUGUUCUUUCUUUUCCUUUCAACGCAGUGCCUGUGAUGUAACUGUAAAAUUGUCUUGACUAUUUAAUCUUAGCUAUGUCUGAGAGAAAUGUUUUGUAUUGCAUCAUUUUUCCUUAAUGAAUGUGUAUGAUUAAAUAAAAGUUUUAAAGAAG